AUGGGUUCAGUAAUCGAGACAGAUGAUCUUUCGACGAAAACGACCGUUGACUCCGUCGUUCUGUCAGAGAUUCCACUGUUCCGCCGGCCCCUGAGUGUAGUGAGCCAUGGCUCCUCAGCCUGGGCUCACAGUUAUAAGAUAGACGUGGAAGGCGAAAAUGAAAUUGAGAGCUACUUCAUGAAGGUAUCGAUGGGGGACCAUGGUAGGGAAGCUCUCAAAGGAGAGUUCGAAUCUACAUCCGCAAUCCACGCAAUAGUCGGAAAUUCCACUCCGAAACCAAUAGGAUGGGGUUCCUUCAAAAGCCUUCUAGGAGCUCACUAUUACUUCUGCCAGUUUUAUGAACUUGCGGAAGAGCUUCCCGAACCUGUCGAGUUCUGCGAAAAAGUCGCCUUCCUCCAUUCGACGAGCGAGGCCCCAAACGGAAAGUUCGGCUUCCAUGUUGUCACAUACAACGGUGAUCUACCUCAAGACAAUCGCUACGCCGACACCUGGGAAGAGUUUUUCAUAAACGGCUUCAGGCAUAUGAUCAACAUGAACAUUGAACGUGGUGGACCAUGGGUUGAACUGGAAGGUCUCGACACUGCCAUGGUCGAGAAAGUUAUUCCUCGACUGCUGCGGCCAAUGGAGACAGCCGGGCGGUCCAUCAAGCCGUCCCUCGUCCAUGGAGACCUGUGGUGCGGGAAUGCAGCUAUUGACAUGGCUACCAACUCACCAUUGAUUUAUGACCCUGCAAGCUUUUAUGCUCACAAUGAAUAUGAACUGGGCAAUUGGCGACCUGAGCGCAAUAAAUUUUCGAGAAGUUACUUCAACGCUUAUCACUCACAUAUCCCGAAAUCUGCUCCAGAAGACGACUAUGAUGACCGGAACGCUCUUUAUUCCAUGCGUUUUAACCUACAGGCUGCAGCCCUUUUUCCCGAUGUCACCAGCUUCCGAGAGUCGGUGACUGAUGAGAUGAAAAGACUGAUUGCAAAGUACCCCGGAGGCUACGAAGAUUAUAUGGAAAAUACCUCCGUCGGCCUCGGUACGUUUCGAGGCGACGCCGGCAACGCAAGUGUCAAAGAGACCGUAUUAAACGCUUUGAGAUGUGGUUACAGACACAUAGACAAUGCCUCUGCCUACGGUAACGAACAAGAUGUCGGCGAAGCCAUCAAGGAAAGCGGAAUACCUCGGGAAGAGAUUAUCGUCACUACCAAGUUAGCCCAGACAUGGCAUGGUGCCUCCGAUGAUGAAAGGGCGCUCGAUCGCAGCUUGAAAUUUCUGCAAUUGGAUUACGUCGAUAUCUACUUGAUGCACUUUCCCCACGCCUAUAGCCCUGGGCCAGAUAAUAGCACAAUUCGUCAUCCUAAUGGAAAGCCCGUCAUUGACUAUGAAAUGUCGUGGAAUUAUACAUUUACUUGGGCAGCCAUGGAGAAACUGGUCGAGAAAGGAAAGGCGAAGUCAAUCGGCGUUUCGAAUUUCAACAUCUUGAAGCUCAAAAAGCUUCUCGAAUUCGCCAAGAUUCCGCCUCUAGUCAAUCAGGUCGAACUUCAUCCAUACUUACCCCAGGUUGAUCUCGUGCAUUUCUGUACCCAGCAAGGCAUCCACGUAAUGGCCCAUCAGCCAUUGGGCGGCAAGCCUGUGGCAGCCGUGAACCCCAAUGCAGAUCGGCUGGGCCCACUGAGCGAUCCAGAUAUAGCUGCAAGAUACCGAAGAUCUGCAGCUCAAAUUAUACUCUCCUGGAUCGUCCAACGGAAUAUAUUUGUGAUUCCGAAGACCGUUCAGGAAGCAUGGCUGUUGGAGAAUCGAGAUUUGAUAAGGUUGUUGGAUGAAGAUAUGGCGGAGAUCUUGAAUUUGUCGAAGGUGAGAGGUGAGAUCCGCUAUCUGGAUCCGAAAGAUCACAUUGGCUUUGAUAUCUUCGAUGAGUUGAAUGACCAGCCGGUACAGGUGGCGUGA